AAAAUUAUGCUCUUGUGGCCACAUAUCUUUUUCCCAUAAAACAAUCACACCAUUGAACCAAGGACGAUUUGCAAAAUCUACAAGUGUUUCGACGAAUCUGGAUUCGCCCAAUCCCUAGAACUUCACCGCCGCUUCGUCUCUAUAUAAUUCUGAUCCAGAGGAAUUUGUCCAUCACAUGUGAAAUUGGUGUUGGUCUCUCACUGUUUCAAUAGCUUUUAUUUCAGUCUGGCAGAUACAACGACACCAAAGGUUUCUCGCACCUAUAAGCAGGUGUGGGGUGAUAACGAGUGCAUUAUAUUAUUAUGUGCUCUGAGGAGAUCAAGAUCAUCGCAUAUUUGGAGGUUGUGCCGUGCUACAGAAGGGUUAUCCCUUGAUUACGGCUAAGGACUGCUUUAGUUGAGCCCCCAUAAACAUCAGUUGCUGCAUCUCAUUUCAUUUUCAUAAUUAUGUGAAUGUUGUUUAGUAGAAUAGGAGUAUUGGCAACCCUUUUGGUUGAAUAUAUCUAUGUGAAAAUGUGAUCCGAUCUACUUGUAAGGAUGGUUAGAUUUUCAUGCUUUCCAGCUCACAUUCAUACCCAAAAGCACAAGAAAACCUCUCUACUAUCGACUGAAGCAAUGCAGAAGACGAUGGAAGAUUUAUCAGAAAACAAGUCCUUAAAUAAUUUUCCUUCUGUGGCACUUGAAAACAACCCAUGCUUGAAAGAUGGAGAAAUUGCCAAUAAUAUUGCCGAUCAAGAGACCAACUCUUCUCCUACUGAGCGAGAUUGCAGGUCUGAGGGAUUAGAGUACAAAGAGAGCCUUGACUGUGAUAGUGUGGUUCCUAAGAAUAAUGCUCAAAUGAAAAAAAGCCAAUCACUAGGAAGCAGAUUGAAUUGGCAAGGGAGAGCCUCUGCUGUUGAUGGUUCAGAUGAAGAAGAGACAGAGCAUGGUUUCUCAUUUGAAGAAUUUGCUGUUCCCGAUGGCACUGACAACCAGGAGCUUGUACCAUCUGAUUCUGUUCAGGUUGAUUCUGAUUUCCCAAAAAACACAUCCAUAUUUUCAAUUGGAGAUCUUCAAAAAUCUGAAAAAGAAGGUACUGAGAAGGAUGAUGCCUGUUUGUCUGGUGUGGUUGCUUCGGUCGAGCACACUGGUUCUGGUGAUUGCACACCUUAUGGUCGGACUAUUAUAGCCAAAUCCAGUUCUCUACCUAGGUUGGGCUCUCCUUAUCGAUGCACCUCAUUUCUAACUUCAUCUAGAUCUGCUGACGAUCUGAGUGCUCUAGCUGCUCGAAAGAAAGGCAUAACUCAUGAAGCAAGCAGACUGGCACCAUGCCGUGAGAGAGAUGAUACAAUGUUUGACAAAGAGAAGAACAUUGGUGAAAGUCCUGCUGAAUGCAUGUAUGAGAGUUAUGAUUAUGUUGGUACUGCAAAAGACUGGGUCAUUCCCAUGUUGGAAGCUGCUGACAUGGAGAAAGAUUCCAAAGAAGUAACUUCAUAUCAGCAUUGGGAAGAAGUGCCUGCUAAGGAUUUUAAGUUAAAACGAAUUGAGGAAUGGGUUAAUGACCUUCAGGAAUGCGAGCCAUUGGAGGAAUCUUCUGAAAAUUUGUCAAGCAAUGAUACAAUGUUGUCAGAAGGCAACAGUUUAUCAGAUGAUACUGCACCCAUAAAGAUGGAAGCCAAGGUUAACCCUGGAAUGGAAAUGGCAAAAAGAUACAUCUCUUCUUUGAAUGCCUCGGCUACAGCAGCCCAGCUAACAAAUCUUGGGCUUGUUGUCAUCCCUUUCCUAAGUGCUUUCACGAGCCUCAAAGCUCUCAACUUAUCUGGAAAUGCAAUAGUGAGGAUUGCUGCUGGUGCACUUCCUAGAGGACUCCACAUACUGAACCUCUCAAAAAACAAUAUCACCACCAUUGAAGGAUUGAGAGAGCUUACACGGCUUCGCGUACUUGACCUGAGCUAUAAUCGAAUACUAAGAAUUGGACAUGGUCUUGCAUCAUGUACCUCUCUCAAAGAGUUGUACUUAGCCGGGAACAAGAUCAGUGAGGUCGAAGGACUCCACCGCCUGCUCAAGCUAAAUGUGCUGGACCUUCGCUUCAACAAGAUAUCUACAGCAAAAUGUCUUGGUCAACUUGCAGCCAACUAUAGCUGUCUUCAGGCCAUCAGCCUAGAAGGCAACCCUGCACAGAAAAAUGUAGGCGAUGAUCAGUUAAAGAAAUACGUGCUGAGUAUCCUCCCUCAGCUCAGAUACUACAACAGACAAUCCCUCAAAGUUGGGACCACAAAGGACACAGCAGAUAGGUCAGCUCGAAUGAGCAUCGGAGCUCACCAAAUCGACCGGGGUCUCCAAAUGGAAGUCAAGAAUUCAAGAAAGGGAAUCCAUGGCAUUGUUGCACAGAAGGUGUCGUCAUCCACCCAUGGUCGGAAGAGUCAAGUAUUAUCCACAUCAACAAAACCAACAAGAAGCAGGCACGGGCAAAGGCCCCCAACAGGGAUGAAGACGGCAACACAGGGCUAUGCACUACCCGACUUUGGCAGCAGGAAGGUUAGUGCAAGGAGGGAUUUCUCCAUACUCAGAAGUCGAAGCGAGGGCAACCUGGGAGCCCUUUGAAAUCUGAGGUUGUUUUGUUUCCUUUUGAUUUUCGUUUGGCGUGAAAGAAAGUCUGGAGAAUAAUAAUUGGUACGUUUUAUGAUGCAACAAUGUGGCGCUGUGGUGUGUUUUAGCGUGUGAUUUGUAUGUGAAUUGGUUUGAACUUUGAACUAAUGCUUUAAUUGUCUCGCUGUUAUGCUGGAA